AUGGAGGGCCAUAAAGCCAUAGAGCCCUCUACUGCAAUUGAGCAACCUGGGCCUAGUCGAACUCAAGAUGUAGUCGUAGAUGGAAUGACGAGUGUUGUCGAGCACAUGGCGCAGUACUUUGAACCACAGGAGACUCUAGUUCAUGAGCAAAGGGGAGAAGAUUUUAUCUGUUUGAAACAAGACGGAAUGACAAUUGCCCAAUAUACUGCAAAAUUUAACAAUCUUUCGAGGUUUAUUCCCGAACAGGUGGACACCGACAUGAAAAGUGGAAAAAGAUUUGUGCAGGGAUUGAACCUAAAAUUGCAGUGGGUACUGUCAACCAUGAAGGAAGACACCUAUGCACAGAUGGUGGACGUUGCUCAGAAGGCUGAAAAUGUAUAUAACAAGAGGACAGGUUAG